AAAUACUUGCGGUGCAUUUAGUAAGCACUCGCAACACUUAAUGACAUGUACUAUAUCUUAUCUAGUACCUUGCCUCCAAAGCCCUCAUCAGCUUGCCAACAUGUCUACAUCAACAUCAAACCAUCCCCUGCCUAUUCUUAUUGUAGGAGGCGGACCGACCGGUCUCGUUCUCGCCCUUGCCCUGUUGCGAAGUCGAAUUGAUGUUCGUCUCAUCGAGCGCAGCUCUGUCCCACACGAAGGCAUCCGCGGAACGGCGAUAACUCCCCGUACACUAGAGCUGCUUUCUCUCCUUCAGGCCGCUGACAAUGUCCUUGCCGUCGCAACACCCCCUCUGCUCAUGGCCAUCUACGGCGACGACGGAAAGACCCUUCUCAAAGAACUCAAGUGGUCCCCUGACGCCGAUGACUCCCCCGCCAUACCUUACCGCCACAUAGCCUCCAUCAGUCAAACACAGCUCGAGAAAGUGCUCCGUAAACACGUGGAGAAACUCGGCGGUAAGAUCGAAUUGGGCCUACAGUUACUUGACAUUCCGAAGAACAGCCAGCAGGGCGUGACAGCCCGUGUCAAAUCAGAGGAUGGCACCGAGUUUACAAUCGACUGCGCGUAUCUCCUCGCUGCUGACGGCGCCAAAGGUCGAAUCCGCAGGUUGUUGGGUUUAUCCUUCCUAGGCGAGACCAACGAUUCUGAAAGAAUGUUCACCGCCAACGCCCUUGUACCCGGUAUCGAUAGAGACCACUGGCACCGCUGGGGCGAUUUUGCCAAAACGGCUGUCGCUCUUAAACCUUUGUACCCUGCCCCGUUAUUCCAUUUGCAAGCUUUGGGUCCGACCCUACCUGAAACGCUUCCAGACGAUACGAAGGGCGUGCAGAGCCUGUUCAAUUCUGUCGCUCAUCGAGAUGACCUUAUUAUCGAAGAAGCAUCCUACGUGUCCGAGUGGAGGGCGAAUAUUCGCAUGGUGGAUAAAUUCUGCGUGGGGAGAGUUUAUCUAGCUGGAGACAGCGCUCAUGUUCAUUCGCCUGCUGGCGGACAAGGAACCAAUACAGCUAUGCAGGACGCUAUCAACCUCGCUUGGAAGCUCGCCCUCGUACACAAAGGCCUCUCCCCGCCCUCCCUCCUCGAGACGUACGAAACCGAGCGCAUGCCCGUCGUCGCCGAGAUGCUCAACCUAACCACCCAACUACACGAACGAGCCUUCAACCGCAUCCCCUCCACCGCCCGCAGCUCCCCAACCGAAGACCCCAUCGACCCCAUGUCCAGGCCGCUCAACCUCCUCCAGCUCGGCAUCAACUACCGCUGGAGUCCGAUCGUAGUGGAGGGCAGGGAUAAAGCCGAGGCGAGGGGGCAUCAGGAUCCGCACGGUGUGGCGGGCGGCGAGCUUCGAGCGGGCGAUCGGGCACCGGACGCCACCGAUCUGUCCGUAAGGGGCAAAGACGAAGGCGGAGCGACGACAUCGCCGCCGGUGGCGCAUCACACCAUGUACGGACUCGUCGCUGCCGCGAAAGGCAAGCACGUCAUCCUGAUCUUCCCUGCCUCUUUGGAGGACGUGAGGGGCAGUGUGGAGGGUUUGAGAGGCUAUGUGCAGAGCGGGGUGGCUGAGGCGUUGGUCGUGCUGGAGCCUGGGAUGCGAGAGGCGGUAGGCGGGGUUGAGGCGUAUGGCGCUCGGGUUUGCGUGGACGAGAGUGGACACGCGCGUACUGGAUAUGGCGUCGAGACAGGUUCCACCGCUAUUGUCGUCGUUCGUCCCGACGGAAUCAUCGGCGCUUAUGUCCUUGGCAUCGAUCAGGCCCACGAAUAUUUUUCUCGAAUUCUGUAUGUGUGAGAUAGAAAAGAAAUGAGUGUACGAUAUGUAUUGAUGACGAAAUCAAUUGCUUCCUACAAGAG